GGCGUUUUUUGACAGCAGGCAGCACAGUAACCAAACAAACAAAGUCCGUCGAGCGUGCAGCAGUUCCUCUACACACUGUGGAGCUUAAUUUCAAUAGCACUAGCAUUGUUGUUCGUCUCGAAAUAUCUCCCGGAACAUAGUUCAGUGUGAUUGGUUUGUAGUGUCCUCGAAAAAAACGCACAAUUCCCCACAAUGAGCGGCAAAAAGGGUCUCGAUCUGCUGCGUACCAUCGCUACUGUGAUGACCAAAACCAACGGGUACGAUAGGUGUUUGCAGCAGCUCGUAAUGGUCAGCGGAGGCGAUGGACGCUGCAUGGCGGAGUUUAAGGUAGAGGAGGAACAUCUGAACCGUGCCGGUGGACUGCAUGGUGGCUAUACUGCCACCAUCGUAGACGUAGUCACUACGUACGCGCUGAUGACGAAGGAAAACGCAACGCCCGGCGUAUCGGUGGACAUUCACGUGAGCUAUCUGAAGGGUGCACGGCUAGGCGAUGAAGUCAUCAUCGACGCCAACACGGUACGGGCGGGACGAAACCUAGCAUUCCUGGAGUGUGAGUUGCGCCACAAGAAAGAUAACUCAAUCAUUGCCAAAGCAUCGCACACCAAAUACAUUGGGAGUAGUUAAAUAGGCACAGACCAAAUACCAUAGAAAUGGACAUACAAGCAGGGAAAGAGGUGGU